AUGAUCGACAAAUAUUUUACCAAACUACCAAAAAAUUCAGAACCUUUAAAUUCAAAACCAAAGGAGAAAGUUGCUUUUGUUGAGAAAGAAAGUCUUGCAUCAGAUGAUGAUAUUAUUGGUGAUCCUAGACUGCGAAAACCAAUUGAUAGUUACCCAUUUGAAAUUAGAGAUUCAUUGAGGAGAAGAUACUUAGCUAAAGGCCCUUGUCAACCAGUUGGACAUAAAUUUCCAUUCACUUUUAUUCGCGAAAAGAAUCGAAGGUUUCAAGUUGCUUGGUUCAAGGAUUAUGAAUGGUUAGAGUAUAGUGUAUCUAAAGACAAAGCUUAUUGUUUAUAUUGUUAUUUGUUUGCAAAUAACAAUAGAAGUGGGGGAAAUGUUUUUACUGAGAUUGGUUUUAAUAACUGGAAAGAUGGAAGACGUGCAUUUGUCAAUCAUGAAGGAAGUCCUGGUAGCUCACAUAGUGGUUGUAGAAUGAAGGUCGAGCAAUAUCGUAAUCAAAGAGGGAAUGUGGAUCAGCUAUUGGCAAGACAAACUGCUGCUAUGGAAGAUGAUUAUCGCACUCGAUUGUCAACGGUUGUAAGUGUUGCUCGAAUACUUUUAGAGGAAGGUUUGCCUUUUAGAGGACAUGAUGAAUCUGCAGAGUCACUCCACCGAGGUAAUUUUCUAGAACAUAUUAGUUGGGUAUGCAAGCGAGAAGAAAAUGUAAAUAAAGUGAUGGGAAAGAAUGCUCCAGGAAAUAAUCAAUUGACUUCGCCUACGAUUCAAAGAGAUAUUAUUGAAUGUUGUGCAAUGGAAACAAGAAAGAUCAUAUUGAAUGAGCUAGGGGAGAAGAAGUUUGCUCUUUUGGUUGAUGAAGCCCGAGAUUGUUCAGUAAAGGAGCAAAUGUCUUUGGUGUUGAGAUUUAUUAAUGACAAAGGAAUGGUUUUGGAAUGUUUUCUUGGAUUGGUUCAUGUGAAUGAGACUUCUGCAAAAGUUCUAAAAAAUGCUAUUGAUUCUUUUUUUGCCAAGCAUGAUUUAUCACUUGCAAAACUCAGAGGGCAAGGUUACGAUGGAGCUGCAAACAUGAGCGGUGAAUUUAAUGGGUUAAAAACACUCAUUCUAAAAGAAAAUAAAAAUGCACAUUAUAUUCAUUGUUUUGCCCACCAACUUCAGUUAGUUAUUGUGACUGCUUCACAUGAAUCAGAGAGUGUAGGUGAUUUCUUUGAAACAUUGUCAAUGAUAGUGAAUACAAUUGGAGCUUCGUGCAAAAGAAAGGAUUCUUUUCGAGAAAUACACAAUGAGGAAGUGUUGAAUCAAGUGGAGAUGGGUGAGAUUUCAACUGGAAGAGGUCAGAAUCAAGCAAUAAGUUUAGCUCGGCCUGAGCUACUUAGAUGUGUGAUGUGUUUGGAUCCUUCAAAUUCUUUUGCAAAUUUUGAUCAUGUCCGCUUAUUGCAACUAGCUAAGUUGUAUUCAGAUGAUUUUAGUUCCACUGAUAUAAUUGAGCUUGACCAUCAACUUCAAAAUUAUAUCUGUGAUAUGAGAUCAAAUGAGAUAUUCUCAAAUAUUUCCAAUCUUGGAGAUCUUGCAAAGAAGAUGGUGGAGAUAAAUUACCACACUUAUUUCCCUUUAGUCUAUCGACUAAUCGAGUUAGCGUUGAUAUUGCCGGUUGGAACAGCUAGUGUGGAAAGAACUUUUUCGGCGAUGAAUGUGGUGAAGACUGAUUUACGCAACCAAUUAGGAGAUGACUUACUAUCAGACUGUUUGGUGUGUUACUUUGAGAAAGAAAUUUUUAGGAGUAUCGAUGAUGAAGUGAUUAUGCAAUCUUUUCAAAACUUGGCGUCUAGAAGAAACCAAUUGCGACCACUAAAAAUUCGUCGACCAAAUCCUUGUUAG